CCGGCUCGUCUGGUAUAAAAUCUGAGUUCAGCCGGCAGACUGUUGAGGAAAUUUUGACUUUCCUUCACGGCGGGUGGUGUGCAGAUCCUGAGAGGACUUGGUUUAUUCAAGCAGCACGCCAAGACUGAUUCUCCUCAGGUCACCUCGUGGUUCAGAUCAGCCACCUCCAAAACACACCACCUCUUAACACCGCCAGCUCUACACUGUAACCAAGCAAACCUAAAAGGGGGGAAAAACAAAAAGCCUUCAAAAUGAUGCAGAUCAGCACCGACUCCGCCAGCAACAAGCACUCCCUCAUCAACGUCAUGCACCGCUUUAUUGCCGCCGCCAACAACAUGGACGAGACCAUCAUGGUGCCGAGCCUGCUGCGGGACGUGCCGCUGGAGGAGCGCGCGGCCGGCGAGCUGGAGCCCAACAACAACAACAAAAGCCACGAGCCGCCGUGUCCCAACAAACAGAGGGACAUGUACGAGCACUACCUGCUCCUCAAGUCCAUAAAGAACGACAUGGAGUGGGGCCUGCUGAAGAGGGAGAUGAGCAGCGGCGCCAGCUUCCUGGAGAUGGCGGUGAAGCAGGAGGAGCAGCAGCAGCAGGGGGUCACCGGGGACCUGCACCCCGACGAGAACACGGACCUGGAGAACCAGUUUCACUAUCACCUCAGAGGACUGUUUGGGGUUCUGUCCAAGCUCACAAUGCAGGCCGACCACCUCACCAACAGGUACAAGAGGGAAAUUGGAGGUGGAAACUUCAUGAGAUAGAAGUCACUACAUUUUUUUCUUUUUUUUUUUUUUCCUCCCCCCCCCACCCCCUUGGACUGCUUGACCUGCACAAUGGGGAUGUGUUGAAGCCCCCCGCCCUCCCCCAUCUCUUCCUGAUGGAUCUCAAGGGUCAGUGCACUGACCAGGGCGACCACUCUCACUCCUGAGCAGCGGCACUCAGAACUUCCCCCAUCAAAACACACCUGAAACCAGUGACUCCUGCAUGUGUCCACUCUGCCUGUCUCAGUUUAGAGAGGACACUUUGUGUGGCGGAGGUUUAUUGAAUCUGUCGUCCCCCAUCCCGUCCCCGUCCCCCCUUUUCUCAAGGCCAUGUGAAGCGCAGCGCUGGUUUAUGGAGAAAUUUGCUCUCCCUUUUGUCUUUUUCAUUUCAAGUUUGAACAUGAAUUGGUCAUCGGAUUGUGAAUAAAAGAAGGUUUCUGACUGUAGGAGAAAUUGAAUGCUGGUUAUUCUGUCCCUCCUUUUUUAAAAAUAGCAUUUUAACGCUGAGCUGAAGGGCUCUUAAAACCUGCUGAGGUUUUUAAAUCUUUCCACUUGGUAUUACUGUAACAUGGUGUGCCUUGACUUUUCUUUUUUUUUUUUUUUUUUUUUUUUUUUAUACCCCCUCAUGACCUGUUCAGUUACUCCCCAUUGUCUGACUGCUUAAAUGGUUCAUCAAGUGUGCUCAUGAUGAAUUGAUUCAUUUGUUUGUCCUUGGAUAUUUCAAAUUUUAUAUUGAAACAGUAAAGCUGAAAUAAAU